ACUGCACAAGGCAGUGACCGAGACAAGGGCAACUUCUAAUUUUCAAAAAAUUCCCACGGUAGCUUGCACUGAAUCGAGGUCAGACCCAGUCUCCACUCUUGAACGCACUGACUGCGACAGCCAAACUCCCCCAUGCAGCGUAAACACGGAGGUAUCGUUAUCUGAGUUCCUCUUUCUUUUGGACAGUUGUGAAAACUUAGACGAACUUCUCGGAAAACUCAGUUAAGCGUGACGUGAGAGAGUUCCGAUGUAAACUGGAUUGUUGAGUUUGUUCGUCCGCGGUCCGCGAUGAUUCAAACCAAGAGCUAAGACAAAUCAAAACGGAAGUGAACGAAGGAAAAUUAACCUGACGAUGCAAUUACAGGAUUCAGAUUUCGUGAAUAUCUAUUGCUGAGCGUGAUGUCGUUCACGGCGGAAAGUUUAAAAUUGACAUAAGCUUAAAUUUGCGAUGGAAGCCUCAAAGAACCAAACCUCGAACAGAACGGAAUUUCAAUCGGCAGAUGAUGGCAUUGACACUCAGUUAUCACCUGUUACACACCAAUCAGAAAUAAUACCCGUUGAAAUUGGUCGGGAAAGUCAUUCUUGUCCUGAAUUGGCGAGUACGGUUGCAGCUGUAAACGCAGCCGAAUUUGAGUGUGAAAUCAACGAUGACCCCAAGCAGAAUGAUCCCAGCGGCAAAAAGAAGAAGAAAAAGAAGAAGAAGAAGAAGAAAACUAAUCCAGGAUCCUCUGAUACUACAUCUGACACUAUCAGGGAAAAUGUUCAAGGUGAUCAUCCCGCAACAUCGACUUGCACUGAACCGUUGUUGAUACAAAUGGCGGAAGUUGACAAAGAAGGUUCUUUCCAAGAAUCGGCCGGUACAGUAUCAUCACCAUUCCAAGAAGGCGAACCAGAGCGCGAGGACAUUCAGGAAGGCGCCCUUUGCGGCAAAAGGAAAAAGAAGAAGAAAAAGAAGAAGAAAUUAGCUUCAGAAACGGGUGAUUUUGAUGUUAUUUCCAACUCUCCUUCAAACGACAGGGCUCCCUCACAAGCGCUUUCGUCUGACACUACAGUUCCGGAAGCGGGUGAAAUCAAAGGUGAUGCAACUGAAGAUCCUAGAAAUCAGGAGUUCACGACUACUGAUGAGACCCUCUCAGAGCUGACUUCAGAUCAACAAGAGCUGUUGUUGACAAUCUCAACUACAAGUGAUCAAAAUGAAAUCGGUUGCCAUGGCUCAAGCAUCACACCAGACUAUAAUGUACAAGGCGAUUCCUCUAGGAAGCCCAAGAAGAAAAAGAAAAGAAAGAAAAAUCAAGAGGUAGAGUACAAUAUUCUGUCAGACAGUGAAAGCGGUGUUGUCUUAGCGACAGGGAUAACUGAAAUAGAGCGGGUCAAUUUGCUGCAAGUGAUGCCUGAAAGAAGUUGUACAGCAGGAGUUGUGCAACAACAAUCUCAAAACACAAACGAUGUAGAAGCUAUAACAACCCAAGCGGAAACCCAGAUGUUAUGUGUCCAUGAUGUUUCAGCCACUGCAGGCGACAUAGUGGAGCCAAUUAAACCUGAUGAGAAGGGUUCAUCUACUGGCCAGUCACUUCGUGAAGAGUAAGUUUCUUGUCAGUUUUGUUAGGCGUGAAAUGGGGGAGGACAUGAGGGUGGGUAUUCUGAUAUCUUGUGAACAGCCAUACUAUUCUUUACUUUGUGUUUAAUCCUAUACAAUAUAGGAAGUUAACUGGUCUAAUGUAAUGGCUGUAAAUUAUAUUAAUAAUAAGUUACAUACUGACAUUUUCUUUGCAAUCAUUUUACUGCAUAAAAUGUCAUUAUCCUUCAAGUAAGAUAACAGGAAGGUUAUACCCAUUUGGAAGGAGGGGGCAUUCUUAUUCACAUGAUAUUUCAUAGAUUCACUUACUUGUCAGAGCUGCUAACAAUUUUUCCUGUUAUUUGACAUCUAAUGUUUUCUUGCAAUCAGUAUCCUAUUUUAUAAUUAUGACUGUCUGGUAGUAACAAUUCAGUAAACUGAAUGAUGACUUUAUUUUUUGUUCUUCACAGCUCUUUCUCCGGCUACUGUCAGUGCUUGAAAAAAAAAAAAUCUGUAGAGGAUUACCCCACCCUGGGCUCCUUUCAGUUAUACUGAGAGAUGAAUCAAUCACCCUCUAAGCCCUAGGAUCGACAGAGCAAUUGUCCAAACUGAUCUCCAUACAUUACUUGUAUAUCAUAUGGACUGUAAUGUCAUUUAAGGAGGCUGAAAUUAAAAACAGUGUUGUUUUUUUAUUAUUAUUUGGGGGGAGGGGUGUAUAAUUUGUUGAGGGAGGAAUUGCAAGUCACUAGGCCCAA